CGGGGUCGCGGGAGAGGCGGGUGCCGGGGUGCCCCGUUAAUGGGUUCUGGCGGGUGUAUACGAGUUCACCGGGCAGAAGCACUGGCAAACCGCCCUCGUGCCGCCUCCAGGGAUGGGCUCCAAGGCCAAGAAGCGCGUGGUGUUGCCCACCCGCCCGGCGCCCCCCACGGUGGAGCAGAUCCUGGAGGACGUGCGGGGGGCGGCCGCCGACGACCCGGUCUUCACCACCUUGGCCCUUGAAGACGCCCCUGCGCCCACAGGGAGGGCCGACGCCGAGGACCAGGAAGCCGAGCGCGAGCGGCUGUACCAGCAGAGCCGCACCUACGUGACUGCCAACCAGCGGCUCCAGCAGGCUGGCACGGAGUUGCAGCGGGCCUGCCAGGAGCUGCGGGGAGCUGGCGCCCAACUGGAGCGGGAGAUGGACGAGGUGAAGCAGGUGACCCUGCCCAGCGCCCAGGCCGCCUCUUCGGGCUGACCCCGUUCCAGAGCACGGGCGAGCCCACGGCAGGACUCCCGGGGCCCAGACACCCCC